GUUGAGUGGUUCGGGGCAAUACCGCGUAAAGUGCUGGCUGGUGCAUGAUCAGUCGUGACUUUACUCAACACCAACGCUAGCCGCUAGCAUAUUCCCCCAACAACGGCUGUGGCUCGUCGAGAUACCCGCCCGCCAGCGUCGCCCAUGCGCGUUGAGAUUGGGCGAAACCACUAACCUCUAACUUACCUUGCCUACUCCAGCCACAAUGGCCGGCCGACCGCGAAGGCGUCGAGCGUCUUCGACCUCGACCGUCGCGUCGCCCGACCGCACCCAUUACAAGCGGCGGGUCAAAGAGUCGGCCGUCCUCAAACCGGCACCGCGUGACAUACCGGAUAGUGAAUGGCCUUGUUACGUGCUCACGGAGGCGACAAUUUACCGCAGACUCAGGGACGGCAAGACCCUUGUGUUGGCGAACCCUCUCCUCGUGCAUGUCGAAGGGCCGCUGGUCGUACACGGCUACCUCGAAGUCGAUGAGGAUAAGCUCCUCCCGAACCUGGUACAGCGCGGUGUAAGGGCUGCCUACAUCGAGAUCCCCUACUCGGACCGCUAUUCCAUCGGAGACGGCCCGCUCGUGCUGUGGGUCUCGGGCGCCGCCGGCUGGUUUGAGAUCCGCCCGUCCGCGAGGUACCAGGCAAUGUACGACCAGAUUCGGGAGGCCAUCACUCUCUACUACGCCGCGUUCGAGGUCUACGACGAGUACAAUGAGCUUCGCCGGGCCAGAAAGAAGGGGCAGAAGCUGAGCCCGCCCACCUUGGACCAGAUAUUUCUCAAGUAUGCUGUUAGGGCCGGAGAUGGCAUCGUGCGGGACGAAGUCGAAGCUCUGUGCCACAAAUGGGCCGAGUUCCUGAUCGCCCAUUUCGCGAAGGAAGUCGAGCUGGACUGGAACACCACUCUUUUCGCCAAGUGGCUGCGCGAGGCCCAUCCUGACAUCCAGAAGAGAAUCACCGAUGCAGCGAACGGACUAUUACCCCCUCCUCCUCCUCCGCCGCCUCCAGAAGCGGAACAAUGGGACGAAAGCGAGACUCUACGGAAGCGGCGAAGCAGGUCGGCCAGGACGAGCAGCCGGAAUAGUGACUCGCGUAGCCCGCCACCCAAGCCGCUCGCCAAAGAAAAGCCCAAAAUCAAAGAGACCCCCGUGCCGCUGCCCGAGAAGUACAGGCAACAACUCGUCCAGCCAGCAAGCUCGAAAGCAUCGCCAGCGCCGCCCCAGGCUCCAAGGGACGUGCCAGUAGAUGCGAGUACUCCGGUUCCCGAGCCGGAUACGCCUGUUGAGCGGCUUGUCGCAGUUCUAGAGGAUAUCCGGAAAGACCUGGAUAUUAGCAAGGCGGAGCCGCGCAAGGUGCACUCGGCCAUGUUCUUCAUAUGCAAGGUCCGGCAAUACGCCGCUCCCAAGGAGAUCUUCGCAUACUAUGCUAAGGAUCUUCUCCCGCGUCUGGGCCCGGAGUGGAAAGGAACUCCGUUUUACAACUCGCUAAAAGAGGCGGCAAAGAAGCCGUGGGCAUCAGACAUCAUCAAGGCCGAAGAUAUCCCAUCUCAAACCCUCCGGCGCGCUAAGAGCAGCCAGAAGACGGCCGCCCUUUCCACCAACUCCGCCACACAGCUGCCCCCAAGCAUCAAGCUCAAGGCGAAAACCAAGAAAGCGCUCCACGACGACAGCGAAGGGUCCGGGGACGACAUGGCCUGGCUGGAUGCGGCGCCUCAGAUGCGCGGCCGCCGGUCUGGGAAAGGGGCAAGCUUGCGCCUCGUCUCGACGUCGAAAAAGCGGCCGCAUUCGGAGCUCGACGAUGAAAUGAGCGGCGGCCGCCGAGGGAGGAAAUCCGCGCGAACGGCCCACCUCGCCAGCGACGAGGAGGAGGAGGAGGAACUCGAAGAUGCCGAAGAUGUGAGCGACGACAACAGCGGCCUCGCCGCGGCGGAAGACCACAAGGCCGGAUCGCGCCUGCCGCUGCCCGAGGGCGCGGUCCGCGUGGUCGUGCACGCCGAGCGGAUCCCGACGACGUCGCCGAGCGGGCCGGACGGCACCUGGACGUGCGACCAGGAGGGCUGCACCUACGUGGUCCGGUCGGCGGACGAGCAGGACGCGCAGCAGCUGAUCCAGGACCACUUCCGCGUGCACGAGGCGCAGGCCGAGAAGAUCAACCUGGCCGUCAAGGAGAGCCGCGGCCACAUGCCGAUCAAGUACGCCUACUUCCCCCCUGUCCUACUCCUCGUCCGCAUGCGCCCUGGCCCCAGCCCCAACAGACUGCACGGGCGAUGAUCGCUUGGUUUAAGGUAGCCAGCCAUCUUAAGUCGCUCGUGUCGUGGGCCGGGGCAUUUGCACGGAGACCCCUUUUUUUUAACCUCUGACCGCGGCAGAUGGGAUCUUCAAAGUCGUGGCACAUCCCCCCUGGGUGCUCUGGUGCUGACA